AUGUUAUUGGAUGAGCUAGAGGCAGUAGAAAAGUUGCUUAGUAAAGAAAUUACGUUGGAUAUACCGGGUAAUCCGAGCAACAAACGUCUCGCUUUAACAAAAACUGGUGCCGACCUGGAAGGUGAUGAUCCCGAUACUCAGGAUCUGAGCUACUUCAUCGUCAGUCGUCUGGCUGUAGAAACGUUGACUUGUCUGUAUUCGUUUGUGCCAAUUGUGGCGAAAGACUCAUCCCGAUUUGACCGGUAUCGCUGGCAAUCUAGCGAUCUAAAGAUGUCAAUCAGGACGGUGCUGCGUUGA